CAUUGUUAGAAAAUGGAGGGAUUGCAUAAGCCGAUUUUGCAGUUAUGUGUAAAUUAGUUUGUAACUUGACACUCUUAUUAUGUUUUCCUUUUGCUUAAAAGUUAUUAGGUUCACCAGAAGAUGCUAGUCUUGCAUUUCUCCGAAGUGAAAAUGCUAAAAGAUAUAUUCGACAGCUUCCCCAUUAUAGGAAGCAAAAUUUCUCGGCUAGAUUCCCAAGUAUGUCUCCUGAGGCAUUGGAUUUACUAGAGAAGAUGCUUAUCUUUGAUCCCAACAAACGCAUUACAGUUGAUGAAGCACUGUGUCACCCAUACCUUUCAUCACUUCAUGACAUCAAUGAUGAACCAGUUGGUCCUAGGCAAUUCAAUUUUGAUUUUGAGCAGCCAACAUGCACUGAAGAGCACAUCAAGGAGCUCAUCUGGAGGGAAUCAGUGAAAUUCAAUCCAGAUCCACCCAGUCAUUAAUUCUUUCUUGAAUAAUGAUCACCUGACCACUCUUGGUCUUGGGUGUACGUCUGGAGAGACACGGGAAGAGGGAAAGAUAAGUGAUUCAUAUGAUUGAUGAUACAAUGAGUGAAGAAGGGAAAUAAAGAGAAAUGAUGGGGGUGUAACGUGUGAAACUAGUUGAGUGACGAGGGAAACGUUAGUAUUCUUUAUUAUUAGGAUGG